AUGCCACCUCCACCCCAUAUCAGGCCUGAGAAUGUCCUCAGGCGAGCUGAAGAGCUCAUUGCCGUUGGCCAGCAGCAGGCUGCGCUAACGGUUCUCCAUGAACAAGUGGCCUCCAAGCGAUCCCGAAACACCCCCAUCGCAAGCCUUGAACCGGUUAUGAUUCUUUUUGUCGAGCUAUGUGUCGAUCUUCGAAAAGGCAAAUCUGCAAAGGAAGGACUUUAUCAAUACAAGAACAUUGCGCAAAACAGCAAUGUAGGGACAAUCGAGAUGGUUUUGAAGAAGUUUAUUGAACUUGCAGAGCAAAAAGUUACGGAAGCUCAAGCCAAAGCUGAUGAAAUCCAAUCUUCUCUGGAAUCAUCUGCCCCUUCAACAAACAUCGAAGAUCUUGACGCCAUCGAGACGCCGGAGACGAUUCUUCUGGCAACUGUUUCUGGCGAACAGUCUCGAGAUAGAACGGAUAGAGCAAUUGUUACGCCAUGGUUGAAAUUCCUGUGGGAGACAUAUCGGACCGUGCUUGAAAUUUUGAAGAACAAUGCACGCCUUGAGGUCAUGUAUCAAACGACCGCUCUUCAGGCUUUCCAGUUCUGCUUGAAAUACACUCGCAAGACCGAGUUCCGUCGGCUUUGCGAAUUGCUCCGUAAUCACGUUCAGAAUGCGGCCAAGUACUCUAGCCAGAUGCAUGCUAUCAACUUGAGCGACCCGGAGACUUUGCAACGCCAUCUUGAUACCCGUUUUCAACAGUUGAAUGUCGCAGUCGAGUUGGAACUAUGGCAGGAAGGUUUCCGAAGUGUUGAAGAUAUCCACACUCUUCUCAACCUUAGCAAGCGGCCUGCCAAGAAUGUCAUGAUGGCCAAUUACUAUGAGAAGCUCACCCGUAUCUUCUUGGUUAGCGAAAACUAUCUCUUCCAUGCGGCUGCAUGGAACCGUUAUUAUAACCUCCUCCGUCAGUCUGCUGCUGCCAUUGCUGCAGGACAAAGCACUAAAAAGGAAAACCCGGUUGUGACUGAAGCUGAGAUGACGAAGACUGCUUCCUUUGUUCUUCUUUCGGCACUGUCCAUCCCCGUUAUUAGCACUUCCCGUUCUCGUGGAGCACUGGUUGACGUCGACGAAGUCCGCAAGAAUAAGAAUACUCGUUUGACCAAUCUUCUUGGCAUGCCACAAGCUCCCACCCGUGCCGGCCUGUUCAAGGACGCCCUGAACAAGGGUUUGCUUUCACGCUGCCGCCCUGAAAUUCGGGAUUUAUACAACAUCUUAGAGGUUGAUUUCCAUCCUUUGUCAAUCUGCAAAAAGAUCUCUCCAAUCCUUACCCAGAUUGGUGCUGACCCCGAAAUGGAAAAAUACGUGCUUCCUCUUCAACAAGUCAUCCUUACAAGACUUUUCCAACAGCUUUCCCAGGUCUACGAAUCCGUCGAAGUCAAGUUUGUCCAUAAGCUCGCCCAGUUCCCCGAACCAUUCCAGGUUACUCCUUCAAUGAUUGAGAAAUUCAUCAUGAAUGGUUGCAAGAAGGGCGACUUAGCGAUCCGGGUUGAUCACGUUUCUGGAGUCCUCACGUUUGAUUCUGAUAUCUUCUCUUCUGCCAAGGCGAUGCAUCCUGGAAGUGCCGCUGGGUCUGCUGAAAGCGAAGUGGGAUCGGUUCAGCGAUUGCAAAGCACCCCUGCAGAAAUCGCUAGGUCCCAACUUACACGCCUGGCGAAAACCCUUCACCUCACUUGCAUGUAUGUUGACCCAUCUUAUAACCAAGCCCGCAUACAAGCCAAGCAAAUUGCCUUGGCUAAGGCUAAGGCUGGUGCUGCAAAAGAGCACGAGGAGACGCUUGCCCGGAGAGUCGUCAUUGAAAAGAAGAAGGAAGCCGCAUUGGAAUCACUUCAGAAGAAGCAACAAGAGGAGGAGAGACGCAAGCGCAUUCGUACGCAGGAAUUGCAAGAAGCCGAGAGACGGAGACUGCACGAUGAACACCUUGAACGGGAGCGCAAGCGUAUGAAGGAUGAACAAGAUCGUAUUCGGCAACAGGAAUUGAAGAAACAACUUGAGGAACUCAAGACGGGCGUUAAGGGCAUUGAUGUUAGCGAGAUCAACUUGGAAGAAUUGGAUAGUAACAGCCUUCGAACUAUCAAACUUGCUCAACUCGAAAAGGAGAAGAAUGAAUUGAACGAUCGUGUCCGAAUAACCGCCAAACGUAUUGACCAUUUGGAACGAGCUUAUCGUCGGGAAGAACUAAAAUAUCUGCCUGCGGAUUACGAUGCACAGAGGAAACGUGAUAUUGAAAUCUACGAAAAGAACAAGGCAGAUACCCUGGUCGCUGCCGAGCUGAAGCAUAAGGAAGAUGUUGCUCUCAAGCAUCGCCUAAGUCGUCUGGUGCCCUGCUUUAACGAAUUCAGAAAGAACCUCCAAGAGAAACGACAUGUUGAAUUCGAGAAGAAUCGCAAAGCGGCAGAAAGGGAGUUCGAGAACAAGAAGAGACAGCGAAUUAAGGAGGUGCAGGAACGUCUGCGACGGGAGCGUAUGGAACGAGAGGAGGAGGAGAGACGCCAACGCGAGGAACAGGAGCGUAUCGAAAAGGAGGAGCAAGAGAGAGCUGCUCGGGAUGCAGAGCGGCGGCGUCAACUUGCUGCAGAAAAGGCUGCCAGAGAAGAAGAACGAAGAAUACUCGAUGAGAAAGCUGCAAUUCAAAAGAAACGAGAGGAGGAAGCCGAGGCCAAACUCAAAGCCCGCAAAGCUGGUGCUGUUCCGGUUCGCAUGGAGCGCACCGAUUCUACCGAGCGCACCGCUCCGAGACUUAAUCUUGCUGGCCAUACCGGUCCUAGCUGGAGAGAACGUCAAGCUGCGAAGGAAGCGGAGGCUGCUGCUGCUGCUGCUGCUGGCACCGCCACUCCUCCGGCUGAGGCCACAGCAUCUUCUACCCGAGAAGAGCUUCCACCUCCCCGAACGACUGGUGGAUACGUUUACCCACAGCGACGCGCUGGUGCUGGUGGUCGCGAUUUCUCCACAAACACUCCAGGUGAACGGAUGCACGAACGCAUGCCUGAGCGUGGUCCUCCACGGUUCAGCAGGGAAGCCGUCCCUCCCCCCAAAACACUUUCCAGAAGCCCAGCACCGACAAACUCUUCUCCUGCGCCUGAGGCUCGCGAUGGCUCCACUCCCACUGCAGGCGGAACGCCAGGGGUAUGGAGACCGAAGUUUAUGCAACAACAGCAACAACAGCAACAACAGCAGUAA